GUGUGAACAUGUUAUUCGUCGUAAAGAAGAAAGAGUUUGGUAGUUGAGGUUAAGUGGUUUAGCACAUGUACUAUUUAUUAACGUACAUUAAAUAUUUCAUUUGACGCGUGAAGCCAAGAAGAUCGUCUAAACGUGUAGAAAUCAUGUUCCUGUAAAAUGUCAAUAUUAAUGCGUAGUUUUUAUUUAAAGUGUUUAACACCCUUUGCACCACUUUCGAAGAUACAUCCACAUCUUUUUAAACGUUACUCGCAAGCAGUGUUCCGAUUAAAAAUGAAUGAAGCUAUUGUACUUUACGAGGAAGGAAGCAAAAAGUUUGAGAUGUCGCUUCGUUAUGCAAAUCCUGAAUUAAACAUUGACAGGAACUUUAAUUUUGAGAGGCAAGUGGACGAGCCAAUAAAUAAUUUUCUUCAGAGAAUUGAUAAAAACAUUAGCAACUUUCUGAUGAAAAAAGUUAAUCGAAAGAAAAAAAGACAGAAGAAAGACGAAACUCCUGUAGAAAUCCCAGAAAACAAUGUUGAAAACAAUAGGAUCAGAUUUGUAAAAGAUCAAGUUGUUCUUAAUGGUGAACUACCUUGUAAGUCAAUUUUAGAAAGUUCAUCAGAUGUAAAAUUAAUUAUUUUUGAUACAGAAUAUGUAUUGAAGCAAAAUGUACCCUUUAUCACUAAAAUAGAACUACCUUCAAGUAUCUUGAUUGAUUUUCCAACUUACCCUUCCAAAUUGGAAGGAACAAAUAUAGAUAAAACAAAAUCGACUUUCAAUUGGUAUAAAAAUAAAACAAGAGACUGGAUACACGUGGGAGAAGGUUUCUUGUAUCUUCCUAAGAAAUCUGACUUGGGACAUAGAUUAAAAGUAUCUUGUGUACCCAGAAAUAAUACACAAUGUGGGCCUAUAGUAGAGAUUGUAUCAAAUGAUAUAGUACAGAUUGGGCCUGGUCCAUGCCCUUUUGAUACCAGACAUGCAUUUACUAAUGAGAAAUUGUCUGGUAAAAGUUUCAGAGUAACAUCCUACAAUAUAUUAGCCAAUUUAUAUUCAGAAACCUCUUUAUCCAAGGAUACCUUGUAUCCAUACUGCCCUCAGUAUGCAUUAUCUAUGGAUUACAGAAAAUUAUUAAUUCUUAAGGAACUGAUAGGAUUUAAUUCUGAUAUAAUAUGUCUACAAGAAGUGGACAGCAAGGUUUAUACAAAUGAUUUGAUGAUGUCAUUAAAUGAAUUGAAUUAUGAUGGCGUUCUUAAUCUAAAGAACGACAUGCGUGAAGGCCUGGCAAUAUUUUACAACCGAGAAAGGUUCAACAAACUGAUCUGUAAUUAUAGCGUUAUGUCGCAAGGUAUAAAUCUAGAAAAAUUUAAUACUCUUUGGUCUAAAAUUGAAAAUACCAAUGUCAAAGAAAUCUUUAUGAACAGAAACACAAUUAUUCAGAUGAUAGCACUGCAAUCUAAAGAAAAUCCUGAAAUAUUAAUUAUCGGGAAUACACACUUGUAUUUCAAGCCGGAUGCGGAUCAUAUACGUUUGUUACAAUCGUAUUAUGGCUUAGCGUAUUUACAUUCAUUUGCCAAAAAAAUGAAAGAAGAGAAUCCCAGCUGCAACGUUAGUAUUUUAUAUUGCGGCGACUUUAAUAGUACACCAGCAGACGGAGUUUAUGAACUAAUGACUCAGAAAUUUAUACCUGAGGACUACUGCGAUUGGACCACCAGUCCUGUGCAAGAACAUGUGAAGAAUGUAUCUAUUAAACAUGAUUUGAACUUGGCUAGUGCUUGUGGUACUCCAAAAUAUACAAAUUAUACAGCUACCUUUUCUGGUUGUUUGGAUUAUAUAUUUUAUCAAACCGAUCACUUAAAAGUUGAACAAGUCAUACCAAUGCCAAGUGAAGAAGAACUUACCGCGUAUACUGGUCUCCCAUCGGUGGUAUCUCCAAGUGAUCAUAUAUCCUUGUGUGUUGAUUUAAAAUGGUCAAAAUAAAAAUAUGCAUACACACAAA